AUGAACAUCGGGGAGCCGGCGAAGCCCUACUUCCUGGACAUCGACACCGGCCGCAACCUCACCUGGCUCGAGUGCCACGACAACAAUGGUCCCUGCAACACCUGCAACAAGGUGCCACACCCACUGUACCGACCGACGCUGAAGAAGCUCGUUCCAUGCGCAGAUCCUGUCUGCGACGCGCUGCACAAAGACCUGGGUACAACCAAGGACUGCAGAGCUGCACCGCGCCAAUGCGACUACGAAAAAAUACACUACCUAGAUGGAUCGUCAUCUCUUGGUGUGCUCGUCCUUGACAAGUUCUCAUUGCCUACGGGCAGUGCCCCCAACAUCGCCUUUGGCUGUGGGUAUGAUCAGAUGCAGAACUCCAAGAAGGCCCCCAAGCGGGUCCCGGUCGAUGGCAUCCUUGGGCUUGGAAGGGGCUCGGUAGACCUCGUCUCGCAGCUGAAGCACAGUGGAGCCGUCUCCAAGAAUGUGAUAGGCCAAUGCCUCAGCUCAAAGGGAAUGGAACCUAAUCACUACUCGCCGGGCCAAGCAACCCUGCACUUGGAUAGAAACCCGAUAGGCACAAAGCCGUUGAAGGCGAUCUUCGACAGUGGCAGCACUUACACCUUGAUGCCUGAGAAUCUACAUGCUCAGCUCGUUUCUGCGCUGAAGGCCUCUCUCAGCAAGUCAUCACUCAAGCAGGUGUCUGAUACUGAUACUGCACUGCCUCUAUGCUGGAAAGGACCUAAACCUUUCAAAACUGUGCACGACCUCCCGAAAGAAUUCAAGUCACUGGUCACUCUGAAAUUUGACCAUGGAGUCACCAUGACUAUCCCUCCUGAAAACUACCUCAUUAUCACUGGGCAUGGGAAUGCAUGCUUUGGCAUUCUUGAACUGCCAGGCUUCGAUCUGUUCGUGAUUGGAGGCAUCUCAAUGCAGGAGCAGCUUGUGAUAUACGACAAUGAGAAAGGGAGGCUUGCAUGGAUGCCAUCACCGUGUGAUAAAAUGCCCAAGUCCAAAGCUGCGAUCAUUUCGCGCAUCUGA